AUGGUCAAGGUCGAAAUUGUUGAAGAGAAGGAUACCGGCGCGUCUCCCUAUGCCUCCUCGUCGUCAUCACGAACGUCGAGCUCCGUCUCCCUCUCAUCUGUCGAGUCGGACGCUUCCGUAGAGGAGUCCUUCCUCGACCGUCUCGCUGCCCUCAAGGACAUUGUCCCACCAACAACACGACACUCCAUUUCCACCCGCGUCUCCAAGACUGCCUCCUUCCUCAAGCGCAGCUCAAAAUUCAUCGGAAACAUAGUCUGGGUGGUCACAACCUCUGCGCUCCUCGUCGGUCUUCCGCUAGCGCUUACGCUCGAAGACGAGGCCAAGAUUGUCGCGCAGGAGAAGGAGAUGCUGGAACAACAGCAAGGUGCCCAGCAGAUGAUGGCCCCUUCGCUGUAUCCAACUCCACCACCAGACGCACCUCAACCAAAAGCUCUUGUCCCACCAGGCUUCUGA